GAGGCAGCGGCCCCCCAUGCGGCGCACGUGGGGCCCGGCGGUCGCCAGGCGGGGGUGAGCCGGCACCAUGGGGCAAGUGGGCUGGAAGGGGCUCUGCCUGUCGCUGUUUGACUACAAAACAGAGAAGUACGUCGUCGCCAAGAACAAGAAGGUGGGCCUACUCUACAGACUGGUGCAGCUCAUCAUCCUGGCGUACCUGGUCAUAUGGGUGUUUGUGAUAAAGAAGGGUUACCAAGAUGUGGACACCUCCCUGCAGAGUGCUGUUGUCACCAAAGUCAAGGGCGUGGCCUUUACUAACAGCUCGGAGCUCGGGGAGCGGCUCUGGGAUGUCGCCGACUACGUCAUACCAUCGCAGGGAGAGAAUGUCUUCUUCGUGAUCACCAACCUGAUCGUGACCCCCAACCAGCGGCAGAAGACCUGUGCUGAGAGGGAAGACAUUCCUGAUGGCAUGUGCUCCAACGACAGUGACUGCCAUCCUGGGGAGACUGUUACAGCUGGACAUGGUGAGGGCCUGGAAUGGCCGGGGCCGGAGGAGCCAUUCCUAAAGAAGGCUGAAGACUUCACCAUUUACAUAAAGAACUUCGUUCGGUUCCCCAAAUUCAACUUCUCCAGGAACAAUGUGAUGAACAUCAAGAAAAAAUCUUUCCUGAAAUCCUGUCGCUUUGACCCCAAGAACCCCUAUUGUCCCAUCUUCCACCUGGGGUCCAUAAUCCGCUGGGCGGGGAGCACCUUCCACGAGAUCGCCCUGGAGGGUGGUGUGAUAGGAAUUCACAUUGAAUGGAACUGUGAUCUUGAUAAAGCUGCCUCUGAAUGCAAGCCUCACUAUUCUUUUAGCCGUCUGGACAACAAACUCUCAAAGUCUGUCUCCUCUGGGUUUAACUUCAGGUUUGCCAGAUACUACCGAGACAAGGAUGGGGUGGAAUUCCGUACACUUAUGAAAGCCUAUGGGAUCCGCUUUGAUGUGAUAGUUAAUGGCAAGGCAGGGAAGUUCAACAUCAUCCCCACCGUCAUCAACGUGGGCUCUGGGCUGGCACUCAUGGGUGUUGCGGCUUUCAUCUGUGACCUGGUACUCAUCUACUUACUCAAAAAGAGUGGGUUUUACCGUAACAAGAAGUACGAGGAAGUGAGGGGCCAUGAGGACAAUAUCCCGGAGCUGGGGUUGUCAGAGCAUUCUGAGUUGGGGGAAGGGCUUCCAGACCAGCCGGAUGAGCCUGAGGCACUGCACAGGAACAGCAGCCUGAAAGGGAACCACUGUAUGUGCCCACAGCUCCUUGAGCCCAGCAGGUGA